AGAGCGGCGUGCUGUUUCUGCUUUCGCUGUUUUACCCACAGAGACGACCGGAAUAUGCUCUCCAGGCGCGAGACCGCACUUCACUCCGCUUAACCCCGAGAGGACGACAGGUGUGCAACCCCCACCGGAGAGCGGGAAGCGAAGCGACUGGAAGAGAAGAAAGAAGGAGAAGACCGGAGGAGAACGAGGCGACGAGCCGGCGCAGGUGCCACACGGUGUUGAAGCAGCAUCACGAGAGAGACUCCGCAUCCGUCCCGACCGAGAUGUCCCUGGAGAGUUACUCCGCGCUGGACGAGUCCUCUCUCCGAGCGCUGCUGGAUGGAACGGUGGACCUGGAUGAGCGACGCCUCAUCCGCUCUGCCAUCCGGGAGCUGAGGAGGAGGGAGAUCGAGGACAUGGAGGCCGCCCUGGCCAGCAAGAGGUUUCGGCCCACACGCCUCAAUCAGCAGGAGGACAAGGAGAACCAGCACAGGACGGAAUCUGGCGAGAACUUGAACGUGCUUUCACAGAAGCUGCAGUCAAUCCGGGACAUUGACGAGCUCACGAAAAUGCUCCGAGCAGCCGGCGAAUAUGAGGAGAGGAAGAUGAUCCGAGCAGCCAUCCGAGAAGUCCGAGAUGAGCAACAACAACAACAACUACAAGGGAUGGUGGAGAAAGGUAAAGCUGCUGGUCGCUGUCUGGAGUCUGACUCAAGUGAGCCCCGCAGGAAGAUGGGUGCUGUGGAGAAAGAGCAGGACAGCCACAGUGAGCCGGAGCAUAUCAGAUCUCAGAUCCACGACCUGCACAGCCAGCAGAAACAACAAAGCAGAGACCUGCAGAGAUUAGGGUCCAACUCAGGCAUGGUGUUGGUUCUGGAUCAUCUGGUCAAAGAUGAUGGCUCCAGACCUCUGCUGAUCCAGCAUCAGCGAGAUACUGUGACCCCAGAGCCUGAGCCGCUUCUGUCUCACCGCCAGAGGUCAGACUCCACGGCUUCGGACCGUAGCGCGUCGUCCGUACGCUCCCACUCCAAUCUGGAUUCGGUUCUCCCUGAGAAGAGCCUGGGCUCAGCCUACAGGGCCCGGCUGGACUCCGGCGCCUCGGACAGGAGCCUGAGUUCCUCCCAGCGUGGUCGGCUGGACUCUGGAGCCUCGGAGCGGAGCACCAGCUCUCAGUCUAAUGCCAGACUGAGACUGGGCUCCGAUGUCUCCGAUUCGUGCGUCAGACCUCGUCUGGGGUCUGGGGCUUCAGACAGCAUCGGUUUGUCCACCAGGAGGCGGACGGACUCAGGAACCUCUGACCAGAGCACCAGCACGUCCUCCGUGGAGCGGGGCCCGGGAGAAGACGUGGAGGCCGCCAUGAGCGGCUCCACCUACAGCACAGAUUCAGAACCUGAGGGCAGAAGCCAAGGUCCACCUGCUGUCCGCACUCAGUCCGACCAGGACCAGGCUGCUGACCUGGACCGGCCCGACGGGGCUGUUUUAUCCCGCAGAGAUCCCAAAGAUGAGCUCAGUGGCAGCGCCAAGACGACAGUAAACGAUGUGUCUCUCACUCAUGGAAAAGCUCAGGAUUCUGCACCUCAGAAGAAAGACGUGUUGGAGCAGUACAACCGAACGAACUCUGUUCGUGAUCGAAUGCGCAAGUUUGCAGAGCCUAGCCAGAGUCCAAACAUCACCGCUCUGAAGAAAACGCCACUGAGAAACGGGACCUCCUCCUUCAGCAGAGGCCUCUCGAAUCUAUCCAGAUCCACCGAGUUGUUUACAGACGCAGCAGCAUCCCUCGGCACAUCUGGAGAGAGGCCAGCAAGGCCACGUGUGGACUCCACAUCCAGCACCUCUUCUGCGUCCCAGAGUCUGUCCAGAGGCGUGGCUAACAAACCUCUGUCCUCAGCCGGCCAAUCGCAGAGCUCCGUGGGCGGGACGAAGCAUCCAGCUGAAAAAGAUGCGCACGCCUCCGGUGACUCAAAGGAAGACAGGACCCCAGGGAGAGCAGCUGGAAAAAAGGUCACCGAGGGAGAGGCAGACCCGGACAUGAAGACUUUCCUCACCAUCGAGAUCAAGGACGGGCGCGCUGGCACCUCCUCCACGUCGGCGCCGAGGGGCAACAUCGUCCCCAUCACCACCACCAUGGGCCCUCGCAUCACCACCAGCGCUCUGGGCCAAAGACAAGAGUUGACCCUGGGUUUAAGAGCAACGCCGUUCAAGAUCUCCUCCUCCGGGUUCUCAGCAUCCUCCAUCAAGAUGGAAACCGAGCCUGUUGUCGCCUCUGAGCCGGUGUUUUCGGCCGGAUCCUCCGUCCAGGUGGCGUGUCACGUCCCGGCCAUCCCCAACGGCUCCAGCACUCAGGCCAAACCCGGCGAACUCUUGGGAAAGCUGACCGCUGAACAGCUGGCUGCAAUCGAGGAUGAGGAGCUCCUUGACAAAAUGCUCGAUGAGUCAAAAGACUUUGAGGAGAGGAAGAUGAUCCGCGCAGCAAUGAGAGACCUUCGCAAGAGAAAGAGAGAGGCCAAGCUGGGCUGUACUCAGGAGGAAAUAGACCAGAGAGAGAAGGAGCGCGACACCCGUCUGCAGGAGCUCCGGCAGCAGAGGGAGGAGCGAACGCAGAAAGGCCGCGCCGGCGUCGGAGAGGUGGUGAUGAGGAAGGUGGAGAAGUCGGCAGAUGGCUCGACCCUCAGUCAAGUCACCAAGACUGACCGCUUCGCGCAGUCCGAUGAUGGAAGCAAAUCAACACGCAGCACCGUUGUCGAGGCCAGUUACGUGCAGAAAACAGACCGAGGAACGGUGCAGUCAAAGUCAUACAGCUAUUCCUCCUCUUCUUCCUCCAACACAACCAAAAAAGUGGGCAGUGUGUUUGACCGUGAGGAUGACACGUCGUCUCGAAGUGGCGGCGGCGGCGGCGGUGGGCUGGCCGCCAUGGAGCGAAAGCAGGCAGAGCGGCGCAAGGAGCUGAUGCGAGCCCAGACUCUGCCGAAGACCUCUGCCAUGCAGGCCCGCAAGGCCAUGAUCGAGAAGCUGGAGAAAGAGGGAGGCGGCCCUGGAAACCAGGCCGUGGCCAAAGUAAACAAGGUGCAGCGUUCCACCAGCUUUGGUGUGCCGAAUGCAAACUCCAUCAAACAGAUGCUGCUCGACUGGUGUCGCGCCAAGACCCGCUCAUACGAGCAUGUGGACAUUCAGAAUUUCUCCUCCAGCUGGAGCAACGGCAUGGCGUUUUGCGCCCUGGUGCACAAUUUCUUCCCCGACGCCUUCGACUACAGCUCGCUGAGCCCCGCAAACCGCAGGCAAAACUUCGAGGUGGCCUUCAGCGCCGCAGAGAAACUAGUGGACUGUCCCCAGCUGUUGGAUGUGGACGACAUGGUGAAGAUGCGUGAGCCGGAUUGGAAGUGUGUGUACACGUACCUGCAGGAGUUCUACAGGGGUCUGGUGACGAAGGGCCUGGUUAAAACCAAAAAUUCGUCCUAGACUGGCACCCCACCUAAAACUGAACCUAUGGAAGCACGUCAACUGCAUGCCUCUGCUGGAGGUGGAGGACAUGAUGAUCAUGGGCAACAAGCCAGACUCCAAGUGCGUCUUCACCUAUGUACAGUCUCUGGUCAAUCACCUGCGUAGAUACGAGAUGUCCAUGGGUCGGCCCUGUGACCUCUGACCUGUGUCCAGCGUGCGUUCUGGCUGAACGUGGCAUCCGUCCACUCCGACACCCCCCCCUCCCCCCCGAUCACCCCUUCACCUGCUGACCGCCACCACUUGGACAGGCUGGGUCGAAUAGUGGCACAUCUCUGAUGGACAGUUUGGGGAACGUGUGUGUGUGUGUGUGUGUGUCUGUGUGUGUCAGCUGGUAUCGCCGAUGGCAGCGGUGACGUGUAUUCAUGACUUCAGUUCUCAUCAGGGCACACGCUGUUUAACGUAAAGUCGACUUUUAUCCAGGAAGAGAGCGCCAAAGUUUUUAAAAAUGACCUUUUAAGCUUUAAAUAUGACGUGUUUUUUGUACUCCACCUCAUAUCAGGUAAUACUGAACAUGAAGUAUUUGUAACACAUUAGUAUUCUGAAAACACCUUAGAAAAAAAAAGAUUGACAAGAGGAAUAUUUUUUUCAUAUUUCCCAUUUUGAAAUAUUUAUACCAACAUUGUUUGUGAUACACGUUUCUAAUUAUUGUGACUUGUCAGCACUUCUGUUCCACUGAGAGAAGAUUAUACUCAACUCUGUGACAUAAUAUUUGAUUUUGGUACUUUUUGCUUCUUUUUCUUUUUUUUACUUCUGGUUGCUUGAAGUAUUUUAAUUAAGUUAUUAUUCUCAUGUUGAUGCCAUCCAUUAGCACAUGAGCACAGGGAGGUUUCCUCCUCAUUACUCCAGUGUUGCCGGCAUCGUUACGGCUGAUCCAGAGAUUUCCCCGCCUCCCGUAAGAUCGUAUCCUCGUGACAGAAAAUCGACGCUUGUAGUUUUAACACUUUUGUUUUUUUAUGUAGGUACAAAAACACGAGGGGAUUCUGGUGUGAUGCAGCUGAAUUGUUUCAUUACUUGACGUUUUACCGCUGCUUGACUGGCGGCGGCGUGUUUAUACAAAAGGAGACCUCACCGCGCAGCAUCACUGCAUCGCCUCGCCAAACACACUCACACACAGCCCCUUUACAGGACUCCUCGUUUAAGCUUGACUAGAUGUCUUUUUGUUUUUAAACAUAUAUGUUGUUAGUAUGUAUGUUAUACUUAGGUUGUUGUUGUCUGAUUAGCUCAAGCUGCCACAGUGUCUCUUCAGGCAAGUUAAUUGGGGGUCACUUUUUGUUUGAAAGCCGGCUUUCAGUAUAAACCAGAGUUCUCAUGACGAAAAUAUUCCAAAUAUAUUAUAACAAUAUACAGCUGAGAAAAAAAACAUGAAUAAGGAUUUUUAUUUCAUUUGUAACAUUCUGGUUCCUUUGAGAAGAUGUUUAAAAUUUGACUUUCAGAGUAGAUUUUUUUUUAAGCUGUUUUCAUAGAUUUGCAGGUAAAUUAACUUUUGCCAAUAGGAAAAAAAAAGAAAAGAAAACCUUCCAUGAAGCAGUGAGUUAUGUAUAUAAGAGCUUAGACACGUUCUAAUUUCAUGUUUCUGUGCACCACAGUUAAAUGUGAAAUAACUAUUAAAACAAUUUGAGGAUUGAA